AGCAGAUUUGGUACAUCACCUACUAAAUCUACCUUUCUCUCUCUCUUCCAAAAAAAUUGAAUACAUCAAUUUCGUCUGCUUUUUCGAUCUAAGACGACAGUUGAUACACGUAGAUUUUGAUCGGAAUUGAGUGAAAGAAUGGAAUCAGAGCAGUUGAUGCCCGGCGGAGGGAGUGGAUCCCAUUACGUCCAAAUGCAAUCGGAGCCGUCGAGGUUGUCAUCGUUUUUCUCGUUUCAUCAAAAUCCGCCUGAGGGAACUCGAAUUUUCGAUGAGUUGCCCAAGGCCACAAUUGUACAUGUCUCUCGUCCAGACGCCGGUGAUAUCAGUCCCAUGCUUCUUUCUUACACUAUUGACUUCCAGUACAAACAGUUCAAGUGGCAGUUAGUAAAGAAAGCUUCACAUGUAUUUUAUUUACACUUUGCAUUAAAGAAACGUGCCAUUAUUGAGGAAAUUCAGGAGAAACAAGAACAGGUUAAAGAAUGGCUUCAAAACCUAGGAAUAGGUGACCACCCUGCAGUUGUGCAUGAUGAUGAUGAUGAUGAUCCUGAUGAUAAUGUAAUGACAUCAAACAAUGAGGGAAGUGUUAGAAAAAGAGAUGUUCCUUCAAGUGCAGCCCUACCAAUGAUACGCCCAGCUCUUGGAAGACAACAUUCCAUGUCAGAUAGAGCAAAGACAGCAAUGCAGGAAUACCUGAAUCAUUUUCUUGGAAACUUGGACAUUGUCAAUUCCAGAGAGGUAUGCAAGUUUAUGGGAGCUUCAAAGUUAUCAUUUUGUCCAGAGUAUGGAUCCAAGUUAAAAGAAGAAUAUGUAUUAGUGAAGCAUUUACCAAAAAUCUCAAACAGGGAUGAUGAAAGAAAAUGCUCCACUUGUUUUUGGUUUAGUUGCUGCAAUGACAAUUGGCAAAAGGUAUGGGCUGUAUUAAAGCCUGGAUUCUUAGCCCUGCUAAAAGACCCGUUUGACUCAGAGCCAUUGGACAUAAUUGUGUUUGAUGUUCUUCCCCCUUCAGAUGGAAAUGGAGAAGGUCGAGUUUCAUUAGCUAAAGAAAUCAAUGAACAUAAUCCUUUACGACAUUCAUUUAUGGUAUCAUGUGGAAACAGAAGCAUAACAAUAAGAAGUAGAAACAAAGGUAAAGUAAGGGAUUGGGUUACUGCAGUUAAUGAUGCUGGAUUAAGGCCACCUGAGGGUUGGUGUUACCCUCAUAGAUUCGGUUCAUUUGCUCCACCACGUGGGCUGACUGAUGAUGGAAGUCAGGCUCAGUGGUUUGUUGAUGGUCGUGCAGCUUUUGAAGCAAUUGCUUUAGCAAUCGAAGGCGCAAAAUCGGAGAUAUUUAUGUGUGGUUGGUGGCUGUGUCCAGAACUGUAUUUGCGGCGUCCUUUUCAAGCCCAUGCCUCCUCUCGCCUUGAUGCUUUGCUGGAGGCUAAAGCCAAGCAAGGUGUUCAGAUUUACAUUCUCAUGUACAAAGAGCUUGCACUUGCCCUGAAAAUUAAUAGUGUCUAUAGCAAGAAAAAACUGGUUGCUAUCCAUGAAAAUGUUAGAGUUUUACGUUUUCCAGACCAUUUCUCUAGCGGUGUAUAUCUAUGGUCCCACCAUGAGAAACUGGUCAUUGUUGAUAAUGAUAUUUGCUUCAUUGGUGGACUUGAUCUUUGCUUUGGUCGUUAUGACUCACAUGACCACAAAGUCGGUGAUGACCCUGCUACGCUUUGGCCUGGAAAAGACUAUUAUAACCCUCGGGAAUCUGAACCAAAUUCAUGGGAAGAUACAAUGAAGGAUGAGCUUGAUCGUAAAAAUUAUCCUCGUAUGCCAUGGCAUGAUGUCCAUUGUGCCUUGUGGGGCCCACCAUGUCGUGAUGUUGCUCGCCACUUUGUUCAGAGAUGGAAUUAUGCAAAGAGAAAUAAAGCUCCAAAUGAGCAAGGUAUUCCACUACUUAUGCCACAGCAGCACAUGGUGAUCCCACAUUACAUGGGCAACAACAUAGAUUUAGAAGAUGAAAACUCCACAAUUCUAGAAAAUCAUAAAGUAAUAAACCAAGAUGAUUCGUCUUCUUCUGCAUCUUCUGAAGACAUCCCGUUGCUAAUCCCUCAAGAGGCUGAUGGUCUAGAAGCUUCUAAUGGACUACCAAAUGGGUCAACAAAUUAUCAUGGUCAAGGUCAACGCAGUAGUAGUAGUAGGCCUUCUAGGACUUCUUUCUCUUUCAUGAAACCAAAAGCUGAAACUUCAGUUCCAGAUAUGCCAAUGAGAGAUUUUGUGGAUGAGGGAGCUAGUUUUAGUUUGAAUGUUGAGAAAGAUUUGUUUGCUGAUGUGGCACCACCACGUGGCAUGAUGAAACCUUCUGAUAAAGAAUGGUGGGAGACUCAGGAGCGUGGUAACUUGGUUGUUUCUGCUGAUGAAACAGGUCAAGUUGGUCCUUGUGUUGCUUGUCGCUGUCAGGUUUUAAGGAGUGUGAGUCAAUGGUCAGCUGGAACAAGUCAAGUGGAAGAGAGCAUUCACAAAGCUUACUGUUCUCUUAUUGAAAAAGCUGAACACUUCAUCUACAUCGAGAAUCAAUUCUUCAUCUCAGGUCUUUCUGGAGACGAGAUAAUACGAAACCGUGUGUUGGAAUCCUUAUACAGGCGUAUCUUGAAGGCAUAUAACGAAAAACAAUUUUUUAGGGUUAUUAUCGUCAUUCCACUCUUACCUGGGUUCCAGGGUGGGCUUGAUGAUGUGGGUGCAGCAUCUGUAAGAGCCAUUAUGCAUUGGCAGUAUCGAACAAUAUCAAGAGGAAACAGUUCUAUUUUACAUAAUCUCUCUGAUGUUCUUGGCCCUAGAGUUCAUGACUACAUAUCUUUCUAUGGUCUUAGAGCUCAUGGUAGACUUUCUCAUGAUGGUAUUGUUGCCUCCAGUCCAGUAUAUGUGCAUAGCAAGGUUAUGAUAGUUGAUGAUAACACAGUCUUAGUUGGAUCCGCUAACAUAAAUGACAGAAGUUUGCUCGGAUUACGUGAUUCCGAGAUUGGAGUACUUAUUGAAGAUAAAGAAGUAGUUGAAUCUUCCAUGGGAGGCAAGCCAUGGAAGGCUGGAAAAUUUGCCUUGAGUCUUCGCCUUUCACUAUGGUCUGAACACCUCGGUCUUCAUACUUCAGAGAUUAAUAAAAUAGCUGACCCCGUGAUUGAUUCGACUUACAAAGAUAUAUGGAUGGCAACUGCAAAGACGAAUACUACGAUCUACCAAAAUGUCUUCUCUUGCAUUCCAAACGAUCUUAUUCAUUCCAGAGCAUCAUUGAGGCAAUGUGUGAGUGAGAGAAAGGCAAAAUUGGGUCAUACUACGAUUGAUUUAGGAAUAGCCCCAAAGAGUAUUGAAUUAUAUGAAGAUGGAAGUGUGAAGGGAAUUGAUCCAAUGGAUAGAUUAGAAGAUGUGCUCAAUCUUUAUUCACCGGAAAAUUGCACAUCCACCGGAGGCACGUCUCUUACCCUCAAAUCUGCCAUCUCUGUCUUCUCAGUUGACCACCAAGCACUCAUUACCCUCAAAUCUGUCAUCUCUAUCGAAGCUUUCCUAAACGAUCAAGGUGAAAUCCAGAUUUGUUCAUCCGACGAAGACGAUGGCGCUGUCCACCACUAG